GAGAAACACCGAGAUUGAAAUUCAGCGCAGCAUUGUGUGUUUUAGUCUACAAUCUCUGAACAAUUCCAAUAGUUGUAUCAAAACUUACAACUUUCUUUACCCGUUAGGCACUUGAUUUGACUUAUCCUGACGCAAAUAGAAUAACAAUAUUUGACUUAGAAACGUCAAACGAAGUAAAUGGAGUGAAAUCAGCUGAUCUCGAAUGUCACAUACUGUUACUACUGUCAGUUUGUUUUCAUUGCUACAGUUUCUGUUUUCGUGUAUUCUGCGCAUGCUUCAUAUCAGCUGAUAAUAGAAGCUUAUCGCUUUGAAUGUGAAAUUUCCAGUUCGUACUGUCGCCACAGAUGAUAAAAAGAACAAUUGGCAGAAUGUCCAGCGUAGAUUUAUCCGCAUUGCGAAUCAAGUACAAAGAAAAGAAAGACAUAUUCCAAGAAUCCAGUAUCGACGUGAAAGAUCCAUUCCAUCUGUUCCGGAAAUGGCUGGACGAGGCCUGCAACACUCCUGAGAUUAUAGAACCGAAUGCGAUGUGCCUAGCUACGGCAAGCAAAGAUGCAGUUCCGUCGGCCCGUUUCUUGCUGUUGAAAGAUGUAACCGAUCACGGAUUUACUUUUUUCACAAACUAUGAAAGUCGAAAAGCAGAUGAGCUGGCCGAAAAUCCCAACGUGGCGCUUGCCUUCUACUGGCUUCCGCUACGGCGGUCGGUGCGGAUCGAGGGAACGGCCGAAAAAAUAUCACGCCAAGAUUCGGAAACCUACUUCCAUCAGCGACCUCGUGCCAGUCAAAUCGGUGCACUGGCCAGUCCACAAAGCAAACCAAUUCCGAACCGGGAAUAUCUGGAUCAGAAGGAGCAACAGCUGAAAGACGAACUGGGACCGGACGGAGUGGUACCGCUGCCAAACUGGGGUGGUUACCUGGUUCGACCGAAGGCUAUCGAGUUCUGGCAGGGUCAGACCAAUCGACUGCACGAUCGGAUCCGCUUUCGACGAGAUCUGCGCCCAGGAGAAACAGUCGAUGGAAAGCUUCUGCAUCACGGGGACAACGGCUGGAUGUACGAACGGCUGGCUCCGUGAGGAAUUGAUGAAACUGAUUGGGAUAUUACAACUUGUCUUCCGUUAGUCAAUAAAACUACUGCUCAGA